AGAUUAAAGUAUGUGGACUUUCCUACCCUCUCAGUAUAAAUGCGAAAUGCAUCAGCUUUCACUCUACAAACUCACAAGAUUCUCCGUCUCAACUAUUUGUACCUUAAAAUGGAUGGACUCAUUAAGAUGUUACUUUGUUUAGGCCUUGUAUUUUUACUUACGGCAGGGGCAUCUGCGUUUCCUGGUAAGAGCCACAGUGGAGGUAAAGAUGACCCUGUGCUUCAGUAUGUUGUGAACAACUCACUGAGGGAGAAUCCUGUCCUCACCAAACUCAGACAGAAAACCCUUGAAGACACAUGGAGCAUAAUGAUGGUUGCUAGUGAACAGGCCCAACUGAUGGCAAAUCUGCUUAAAUUAAUAAAUGCCAGCAAAACUAUAGAAAUUGGAAUGUACACAGGGUACAAUGCGCUGAGCAUGGCACUGGUUCUUCCUGAGAAUGGACGUGUGGUGGCUUGUGAAAUAGAUGACUUGUAUGUGGACACCGCCAAGCCUUUCUUUAAAGAGGCUGGAGUUGAAGAUAAGAUUGAUGUUCGUCUUCAAACUGCUAUGAAAACGCUGGAUGAGCUGUUGAAAGCUGGAGAGGCUGGCACAUAUGACUUUGUCUUCAUCGACGCUGAUAAAAGUAACUAUAACAGAUACUAUGAGAAGUCUCUGGAGCUCCUGAGGGUCGGAGGAAUCAUUGCCAUUGAUAAUGUGCUGUGGAGUGGUAAGGUGGUGGACCCUGCCCCCGAUGACCUGGUCUCUAGGACCCUGGACGCCCUCAAUAAGAAACUGCACAAGGAUGAGAGAAUUGAUCUGAGCAUGCUCACCGUGGGAGACGGCCUUACCCUGGCCAUCAAGCGCUAAUUUAAUACGAGUAAAAACUUCAUUGCAAAGGACUGACUGAAUGAACACUAUUGAUCUACAUCUAGGACAAGACCAAUUACAUUAUCACAUGCUCGUGGACAUUAAGAUAAUAAACAUGUAAUGAAGUGUAUUGAAUCUUUGUUUAAUUGCCUUUCAUUAUGAUGGCUUUUUAACAUGUUUGAAAUGUUUGAAACAAUGGUAUUCUAAUGCAUAAUUUAAGAUAUGCAAUACAGCUAGGUAAUAAGUACCAAUUAUUGAGUCUUUACAUCACUGUCAUCCUUCAUUAGAGGGCGCUGUAGUAGUACAAAGUAGUUUUCUUAGGGGAAAUGGUGCGUUAACUUUAAGAUUGCCAUGGUGACUGAAAGCGUUGCCAGUUUUUUUCUCCGACUCAGCAACGCCAACGCACACCAGAUAAUCUUUUCAUUGCUGCUGGUUUCAAUGUCGGAAUAUAAAUAUCCUUAAAACCCUUAAAAAU